UCGGGGGUAGGCAGGGUAAGAUGGCGGCGGUGCUGGAGGUGGAGAUUGGCGGCCCCGUCGAGCGGGACGUGGAGGAGGUUGAUCUAUCACGACUGUCCCCCGAAGAGAGAUGGAGGGUCGAGCAUGCUCGGAUGCACGCCAAGCACCGUGGCCAUGAGGCCAUGCAUGCCGAAAUGGUCCUCAUCCUCAUUGCCACGCUAGUGGUUGCACAGCUCCUCUUGGUACAGUGGAAACAGAGACAUCCUCGCUCCUACAAUAUGGUGACCCUCUUCCAGAUGUGGGUUGUUCCCCUUUAUUUCACGGCGAAGCUGCACUGGUGGCGAUUCAUGGUGAUCUGGGUCCUCUUCUCUGCUGUCACAGCCUUUGUCACUUUCAGAGCAACUCGUAAACCUCUUGUGCAGACGACUCCGAGACUGGUCUAUAAAUGGUUUCUGCUGAUAUACAAGAUCAGCUACGCCACUGGAAUUGUUGGGUACAUGGCUGUAAUGUUCACUCUUUUUGGUCUUAACUUAUUAUUCAGAAUCAAACCCGAAGAUGCAAUGGAUUUUGGUGUUUCCCUCCUGUUCUACGGCCUUUAUUACGGAGUACUUGAGAGGGACUUUGCUGAAAUGUGUGCGGAUUACAUGGCAUCAACCAUAGGGUUUUACAGCGCAUCAGGAAUGCCAACGAAGCACCUUUCUGACAGCGUCUGCGCCGUGUGUGGCCAACAGAUCUUUGUAGAUGUCAACGAAGAAGGGAUCAUAGAGAACACAUACAGGCUUUCCUGCAAUCAUGUAUUCCAUGAGUUCUGCAUCCGAGGCUGGUGCAUCGUUGGGAAGAAACAGACGUGUCCAUACUGCAAAGAGAAGGUGGAUCUCAAGAGAAUGUUCAGUAACCCCUGGGAAAGGCCCCACGUCAUGUACGGGCAGCUGCUCGACUGGCUACGCUACCUGGUGGCCUGGCAACCCGUUAUCAUUGGACUGGUACAAGGUAUCAACUACAUCCUGGGGCUGGAAUAAAUGCUGAGCGGCCAGCAAGCCGGGGACAUCACAGCAGGACUUCGACAGCAGUGGCGGAGGGCAGCAGCUGGCCAGGAAGACUUGCUUGUAUCAUUCACCUCUCAGGAUCUUACACACCUACAACACGUCUCCGGGGACUAAGGGAAAGACUUGGCGCUGGCCAGCUCCCAGCAAAGCGGGUUUAUGCUGGGGCGGGGGAAGGGUAUUCUUUUUUAAAACAAUUAUUUUAAUGAGCGUAUUUAAAACUUUAUAUUGCAGAUUAAAAAGGAAAUUAAUGUUUGUCCCACUUCCCUCCUCCAACCACCUCUCCACUUAGUUGUCUUAUUCCCCUAGAACAAAGAAAGCCAAGCUGGUUUUGGAAGCUAGCAGAGACCACUCGCAGAAACCCACGGCAGCUUGCUAGGUACCGUCCCACCUGCUCUGGCUAAAUCAGAUCCCUCGCCACUUGCUCAGGUCUGUUCUUCACAGCAGUUGCCAGCAACUCUGCUGUAAGCUGGUGGCAGAGGCCUCCUGUGGCCCUUGAUCGCUGUAAAAGCCAGCUGGAUUCCCCCGUAGUCAGGGCAGGAUUCUGAAAGAGUAAAUGCAGUUAAUCAGAGAAAAGGCACCUGCUGUGAGCAAAGCUCAGAACUGUGUAGCUGGAGGCAUGAGACCUAGGACUGUCAAAUGCAUCUACAUGCAGAAGGACCUAGGAAUCCCCCUGUGGUUGGCGCUGCCCAGGAGAACAGAUGCAGAGCGCUGAGCCCGUGAUUGAGGGGCUCACUACAAAGGUGGAAGGCAGUCAGGUAGCCGACUACGGCGAAGGGAGGGUAACAUCCCAGCCUGCAUCGUGUGGUCAGUGCACAGGGGAGAGACUACACCUGGGACAUGCAGCUGCCUCCAGUGCACAACGCUAAGGGAUGAACUAGGGCGUAUUCACCUCCCAACCUGGCAAGCCAGGUACUAAACCAAGGAAAUGAACCUGCAAGUCUGACCUCUGUCAUGGACACAGUCUAGUGUGGCAAGCCAUCUCUUUCCGCACUCUGCCCUUUUUUUGGAACAUUCAGGCUACUUUAACAUUUUUCGAUGGCAGUGUAUUUUCUACCCGCUGCGCAGACCUAGCCCGGUUUGGGUUAGUUCCCUCCCCCUUCCCCCCCCCCCCCCCCCCCCGCCUCAAACUGACAUCCCAAAAGGGGAUGGUAGGACAGACUGCUGGGGCUUGUUUGUUUUUCCCAACUGCUCAGAACAGACAAACCUACUUAAGGGAUAAGUGUCAAAUUUCCCCUUUUUUUUUGAGCUUUCUCUGAAUGAGGCUGGAGGGAAAAACCUGUUUGGUGUGUUGAAAUCCAAACUUCUUACCAAAGGGCGUUUAAAGAGAUGUUCUCUUCUUCUUUAAGAGGACAGCAGAACCUUGUUUCGGGCUGCCUGGGGCGCCCACUGGGGGCGACUGCCUUUUACUAUUUGUCAAGUUUAAUAAAAGGCUUUAUCGAUAUAUUCUGUUCAUGUAGGGCCGGAUGAUGAUGACUCUUCACUAGCUAACUCAGCAGUCCCAUUGAAUUCAAGGGAACCCUCUGUGGUGUAAUGCACUACUCAUCUUGAGUCGGGGGGUCAGAAUCGGGCCCUAAUUGACAAGUGUCAUUUUACCAGCGUGUUGCGACAUGUGAGUUACAGAUUGUAAAAGCAGCAGUGUCUUAGAAACUGGAGACCUUGCUGCAACAAUUGACUCAGUGGCAGAUGGGGAUGAGGUGGCAUGGCACACAGUGAGUGAGCUUCGACUGGAGCUUGCCUUACGCCGGCAUACAAAUGAGCUCGUGAUUUAAAGAGACGUCUUCAGGAAUCAGUUCAAGCAUCUUCCUGCCACACUGACUUUCUGUGAAAGCCUGGGCAUCCUCGGUGCGCAGCCCAGGAGUCAUGGUGUUUGGUGGGUUUUCAUGUUAACCUCCCCAGCACAUGAAUGGGCUUGCAAGGUCUACCAACAAAUCUGAUGUCUGCUGGAAACACAGCUAAAUAUACCCUUUUUUGUGGUGGUUACGA